AUGACGACCAAAACUGUGGGCGUGUUGGCGCUACAAGGCGCUUUCAAAGAACACGCAGAGCUCGUUGUUGCGUGUGUCCGUGAAAACCGGUAUCCGAUCACCGUUUGUGAAGUCAGAACGUCUGAGGAACUGAACCGCUGCGAUGCGCUCAUUAUCCCUGGAGGUGAAUCCACGGCCAUGUCGCUAAUCGCACAGCGGUGUGGCCUUUUUGAGCCGUUACAGCGGUUUGUGCAAAACCCUUCAAAAGCCGUCUGGGGUACCUGUGCGGGACUUAUCUUCCUCGCCCGCGAAAUCACCAACGACGCCAAACUGGUGACUCCGCUCCAAGCGCUGGACGUGGCCGUCCAGCGGAACGCGUUUGGACGUCAGGCCCAGUCUUUUGUCGCUCAGUGCGAUUUCACUUCUUUCAUGACACCAAACGCCAGUAUGCGCAACAGCGGACAGCCGUUCUCCACUGUCUUUAUUCGUGCCCCCGUUAUAGACCGCAUCCUGAAUGCGGAGUCCGUGCAGAUUCUUUACGAGAUUGAUACUCCUGCAGGCCAUAACCUGGUGGUGGCCGUAAGACAGAAAAAUAUCUUGGGAACAUCUUUCCAUCCGGAACUCGCCGAUGACAACCGCUUCCACGAUUGGUUCUUGCGUGAGUUUGUACUAUAG